AAAUAGCGGCUUGCGCAUUGGGUUUGCGUCAGAGUUUGAAAACCUCCGUUUUAGCUUCACACUUUGCGACUCAACUUCCUGUAUUUUCACGCUGGUUCGGAGACAUUGUUACAUUUUGUGCUGUACAACGCAAGGGGGUUAACAUUUACAUCGACCUCCGGAUCGGCAUCAGGUCAACGUAUAAACUAAAGAUGGCAAUGGUGACUAAUCGGCCGUGUUUGUCAGUUCUUGUUUUGCUGCUCGCUUUGAGCAGUUCGGUCACGUCAAGAUAUCUCAGGAUGAAAAGGGAAAUUAGUCUCAACGAAACAUUCACAAAAACCAGUGACAGUACAGCAAACGUAACUGAAGCUCAGGCUAUAAAGGUGACCACCGUGCAACCUUUGGCUUCAUACACAACACCUGCGACUGAGGAAACUGGAAAUAUCUCAAGGAUGAGUGUGGACCAUCAGCAUGCCUCAGAUAUGAACCACACCCAAGAAAACAAAGUGAACGAGACUUCUGAAAACAGUAACCACACCGCAGGAACUGAGAGUACGACAGUCCAUCCGCCAAAAGGUAAUGAGACAACUUUGUACACCCUAGCAACGGUAAGAAAUGCCAGUACUGGAAGCAUUACACAAACAGGAAGUACCGCCCCCACGCUUCCUGCUUCGCCACUGCCUGGUAAGGUAACUGAAAUGCACACAACGGCUUCUGAAGCAAAAACGACCACUAUAAAACAGACUUCAACCGCAGGAAAGGCUCUUCCGUGUCCCACCGCCUCUCUGAAUAGAGAUGGGCUUGUGAGCCGCUGCCUUAUCGCCAUCGCAUCAAUAGCUGCCCUGACAACUAUCUUCAUCAUUAGCACCAUCUGUCUGGCUACGAAGCUCUCGACAUACAGAUACAGAUACAAAUCACGUCUUCUUCAGGAGACCGAGAUGGUUUGUAUUUCUGCUUUGAUGAACGAUACGGAUCACCCUGUCCCGAAGAUGAGACACCCCAAAAGUAAUGGAGCUUUAAUCCCGAACGCUGAGGAUGGAGAUCCUGAUGGAGAUAAUCUCACCCUCAACAGUUUUCUUCCCGAUACAGAGGGCCCACUUUAGAAGUAAUGUUCAUUUCACAAAAAUCACAUUGACAUGUAUCAUGUUUGUCUCGAGAUGCAAGGAGGACAGAAAUGUCAAGUGAACACACUUCCCAAAACAGUGCAGGGAACACAUUUUCAUAUUUAUUGUAAGUGUGGGAAACACGUCCACCGUGUUUUCUACGCCUGUGCCUUUAAAGUUUAUUACAAUAUUUGGAUCGACCCUAUUCACCUUCUUUCUGACUAACACCGUGUCUACACUGGACACGUCCGGCUUGAAAAGACAUUAGAAACGCAUUCGAAACAUUAUAAUUUAAAGUGUUGUCCACACUGGAUGUGACGAGACAGACCCAUUGAGAACAAGCAGGUUGUCAUGUCGCAUCCGGUGUAGACACGGUGUUAUAGGCACUGUGAUAUUUAAAUAAAUGAGGGACUGUCUCAUUGUGCAACCCAUGCAGGCGCAGCUCUAGAAAAGAGCUGUUGCUCAACAAUGCUAUGGUUUCCUGGCGAGUUUCUCAUUAAAUUAGAAAAACAACAAGAAUCAUUGUUUGUGUAAGUGUUGCUAAAAACCAACAUUUUGUUGUGCAGUACUGCGCAAAAAUAACUUGGUUUGUUUAUAUUUUAAUAACUUGAUUUAUAUUGUAUUAUUUCCUGUUUUUAUGCCUAAAAGACUUUAUAGAAUCUUUUAUUGAAUCCUUUCAGCAUUGCAAAACUGUGCUGCUGUCUUAAAAAGUGUAGGCUUUAGUUAAGCUUGGCAGAAUGUAUUGCUAAAUAUAUUGUAGAAUAUGUUCUAUUCCUGUCUGUGGUUAAACUUGUGCUAUAUAAUUUACUUUAAGUAAGUGAUGUUUGAGAUUUUUCACAGCCUUAUACGUUCGGAGUGUAACAUAUUAUCAUUGUGAAUGUACUGUACAUAAAAUCCAUGUAAGCACAUGUAGCCCCAAAAAAUUAUCUUUUUACAGAAGACUUUUCCAUUGUAUGCGUGUUUGAAGUAAAGGAAAUAAAAAUGCCUUGACCAAAGUAAACAAAAUAUGCUCUAAAUUGGGAAAACGUUUGACUAAGAACAGUAUUUUAAAGAAAAGGUCAGUCUUUUACAUUUAGGAUCUGUUUGUUCCAUUUUUAAAAUUGUAUUAGGCAAUUAGAUUUUUAUGGAUUAUGUGUCUUGGUGUCAUUUAUAUGUACAGUCAUACAUUUGU